GACACAGCGCCAGAGACAGAGACAGAGCGAGAAAGCAAAGAGCGAGCAGGUCGCGCAUCGAUCCGCACACGCGCACUGGUUUGUCGUCGCGGACGUUGAACACUUUUCACUUUGUUGUCUCACUGGCAAACAUGCUCAUGGGCUAUCUGUUGUUUCUGGUGUUGGGCGGGUGGCGCUGUGACAUCAUCGCCGCGUACGUCUUCCAGGCCAGCCGACCCGUGGAGGGCGGAGAUGCCCCUCCUGUACACACCAAAGUGGUGUCGGAGUGGGUGAGCUCAUCAGGCUCCUGCAAGGGUCGCUGCUUUGAGCUGGAGGAGGCCGAGCCUCCCGGAUGUCGUUGCGACAACUUGUGCAAAACCUACUACAGUUGCUGUUCCGACUUUGACCAGCAAUGCCUGAAAACCGCGGGACGCUUCGAGUGCCGCCCGGAACGUUGUGGUGAGGAGCGGAAAGACGAGCAUGCGUGUCACUGCACGGACGACUGCAUGGAGAAAGGAGACUGCUGCUCCAACUACAAGGCGGUCUGCCAAGGCGAGGCGUCGUGGCUCCAAGGAGACUGCGAAGAGAUCGCCAGCCCCGAAUGUCCUGCCGGGUUUGUGCGGCCGCCGCUCAUCAUGCUGUCCGUGGACGGCUUCCGGGCGUCCUACCUGAAGAAGGGCGUGUCCAUCAUGCCUAACAUCCUGAAACUCAGAAAGUGCGGGACGACGGCUCCGUAUAUGCGUCCCGUCUACCCUACCAAGACCUUCCCCAACUUGUACACAUUGGCCACGGGCCUCUUCCCGGAAUCGCACGGAAUCGUGGGGAACACCAUGUACGACCCGGUGUUCAACGCUACCUUCACCCUGCGGUCCCGAGAGAAGCUGAACCAUCGAUGGUGGGGCGGGCAGCCGAUCUGGAUCACGGCCAAGGAACAAGGCGUCAAAGCCGGAACCUUCUUCUGGCCCUGGGUCAUCGAAUUGGAGAGACGCAUCCUCACCAUCCUGCAAUGGCUGAAGCUGCCUGACCAAGAAAGGCCUUACGUGUAUGCAGUGCACUCAGAGCAGCCCGACACAUUCGGACAUCGCUGGGGUCCACUGAGCAACGAGGUGGGUCGGAAGCGAGGUCCCGGUCUGUUCAAAACUUUAGAAAUGAAUGACUUUUGCGGUCCGGGCAGAAUACGUUCUUAUUUAAAAAUUGCGGACUAUUUUUGUGCUUGUGGGCAGCUGGACAACACGCUGCGCCAGAUCGAUGGCAUCAUCGGUCAGCUGAUGAACGGCUUGAAGCAGAUGAACCUCCAUCGCUGCGUCAAUGUCAUCAUCGUUGGCGACCACGGCAUGGAAGAGGCCCACUGUGACCGCACAGAGUUCCUCAGCAGCUACCCGCUCAACAUUGAUGACAUAACACUUAUCCCAGGCUCACUGGGCAGGAUUCGACCUCGUGACGCCAAGUCCCCCUUGUAUGACCCCAAGCAGGUGGUAGCCAACCUGACGUGCAAGAUGGCCACACAGCACUUCACACCCUACCUCAAGCAACACCUGCCCAAGAGGCUGCACUAUGCCAACAACCGCCGUAUUGAGGACGUGCACCUGCUCAUGGAAAGGAAGUGGCAUGUCGCCAGGAAAAUGCCGGAAAAGAUGCGCACGCGCUGUGGCUUCUUCGGCGACCAUGGCUUUGACAACAAGAUCACAAGCAUGAGGACCAUCUUCAUGGGACAUGGGCCAAGCUUCCGCUUCCGCACUCAAGUCCCAGAAUUCGACAACAUCGAGCUUUACAAUGUCAUGUGCGACUUGCUGGGCUUGACACCGGCGCCGAACAACGGGACGCACGGGAGCCUUAACGGCAUGCUGAAGUCGCCACCCUUCCAGCCCGUCAUGCCCGAGGAAGUGACGGCGCCGACUCGGGAUGAGGACGCGGCGGAAGGCGGGGUCGCAGCGCUUGAUUUUCAGCCGGGCUGCAGCUGCGACGAUGAGAACAAAGUCGAGCAAAGCACGCAGAUCUUCAGUUUCACACAAGAUGGUAUCUACGACUACAACGUGACCCAGCUGCCGUUGGGCCGCCCCGCCGUGCUGUUCGUCACCCGUUACACUUUGCUGCAUCACUUGGACUUUGUCAGCGCGUAUAGCCUCCAGCUGGCCAUGCCACUGUGGACGUCAUUUACACUGACACCAGAGGACGACGUGGCUCCACUUCCAGAUGGUUCUGUGCGUGGCCCGUGUCUGCGUACGGACCCGCGAGUGUCCGCUAAGCACAGCGCCAGCUGCGGCGUCUACGAACGGAACCGCCACCUGGACUACGGCUUCCUGUUCCCACCCGAAUUGGCGUCGUCACCCGAGGCCAAGUAUGAGGCAUCGCUCGUCACGAACACGGCGCCUAUGUUUCCCGCCUUCACAAGAGUGUGGCGUUACCUGCAGAGGACGCUGCUCAGACGCUACACCCGGGAAAACGAUGGCAUCAAUGUCCUGGCGGGUCCCGUCUUUGACUACAAUUACGACGGCCUCCAAGAUAGCCUGGAGGAAAUUCAGGAGCGAUAUCCCAUCACGCCGCCCGUGCCCACGCACUUCUUCACAGUGGUGACGGCUUGCCAGCGAGUCAACCAAACACUGGACGAGUGCGACGGAGACCUGAGCGUCUUCUCUUUCCUGAUUCCUCACCGAGACGACAACAGCGAGAGCUGCAAUAGCAAAGACGUCGAGCAGGAUUGGGUGGAGGAUUUGCUGCAGCUUCACACAGCCAGGGUCCGAGAUGUGGAGAUACUGACCGGUCUGGACCUGUACCGGGCCGGCAACCAGAGCUACAGCGACGUACUCGGCCUGAAGACAUACCUGCACACCUUUGAGACCGACGACUGACGCCCGUCGGGCCAAAACCUGACCGACGGACGCUCGAAAGAUCGAAACCCGACAGGGACACACCUGACGCUAAACCAAUUGGCACUCAAACAGCUGACGCCCAAGAAAGACGCCUGAUAAAUUGACACCUUAAAGCUGUUCAGGAUUUCUGACACACUAGGCUUAAUCUUCAAGUGGGCAGGGGUUUGAUUAGUCGGUGAAGUUGGUUUUAAAAAAAAAAUCUGUGCAGUUUGUUAGUUAUUUGUUAGUUUCAGGGCUCCGGAGUGGCUAAGCUAGCGCGAGUCAAUGGCACCAUCAUUGCAUGCCAAUAAAAAACAACAUAUGAACACAUGAAAAUCAUCGAUGACCCAUGCAAUCAAUAGUGUUGGCUAUGUUUUCAGGAUAAAGUUGUUAAAAUUUACCAUUGCAUACCAAUAAUUGCAGUAUGAAAAGCAACAUUUGUAAUCCAGAAGCUCUGCAGAGGAGCAGGGCGGAGUAAUAUCACAUCAGGUUUUUUUCACCGCUGAUCUUUUUAUGUUGUAGCCAGCAGCAAGUGACCAGUUUAUAUUUGUCCUCGUUCUUCACAGGAAAUUUGUGGAAACUUUCCUUUGCCUGUUUCUUCUGUAUGUUUCCAUAGCCUCUAAAUGCACAUUUCGCCAUGUUGCCGGCUGUCAGUUAACUCAGCAGACUGAUGCUGCAUUCGAGGAAGGUGGGAAGUCAGAGUUUCCAACCUCUGAUCUGGAAAAAUAUCAUUAGUAAACCUCCACUAUUUGAUCGCUUAUGAGAACUCAAAAUGUCUUUUGAAGGCCAAAAUAAAAAACAACUUGUGGUGAUCAGCCAUCUUUGCUGUUUACAUUGGCUUGGAAUGCUUUAAGGUCGCAACUGGUACCCUCUGAGCGGGAUAAGUCUGACUUCCCGCCUUCCUCGAAUGCGGCGUGAGAACGAUUGACCGAAGCAUCCCUCUUUAUUAGGGUCGUACUACGCAUCUAUAAAAAUAGUCCUGCAUAAUGAAAUGAAUUACGGCAAUUUGGCGUGACAUUGUUUUGGUCGCAUGGGUGUUUUGAAACAAUGAUCUGUGUUUUGAAUUUAUUUGACUACGUUGGAUCUGUUCGUAGAUCUGUAUCGUUUCUGUAUUUGCAUGCUAUAAUGGUGCCAUUGACUCGCGCUAUCUUAGCCACUCUGGAACCCUGAAACUAACAAAUAACUUGCAAACGAAAUGGAAUUUGCUGAAAUCAACUCAACCAACUAACUAAACCCCUGCUAACUCGAAGAGUAAGCCUGAUGUCAAAAUUCCUGAAUUUUCGCUUUAAACCUUUAAAGGGCACUCACUGAAAUACAGUCCUUUCACCCCACAAAAAUUCAACGCUAGUUUAUUUCUGUUUUUAUUCAUACAGUAUAUAUACAGGUAGAUAUUCAAAAAGAGAGAGUGACCUAUAACUACCUUAAAUUCAACAGAGGUAACCACCCGGAAACGUCUCAAAUUUAUGAGGAAGUGAGCCAAUAGCAACAUGAAGUAACCUAGAAAUACGCCAAAAUCAACGGGAAGUGACCCGAUUUCAACAGGAGGUGCCCUAAAAUCAACAGCGAGUCUCAAUUAUUUUCUGUUACGCGCUCCCCUUAGGAAGAUGUAAACGUUUAGCGCCCCCUCUCUGCCACCACUGUAAAUAGUAUAAUUUGUCUAUAAAGUUAUUAUAAGUACACUUCUACAUCACAUUGUUUCCAUGUUAACAUUAAAGAAAAAAAAGUAAUAUAGAGCAACUUACAAUAAAGUGUAACUUUAUUAACAUUGUUUUAUUUGUAACAGAAAUACUCUAUCAACAUACACUCAAGAUACAUCUCUUCUCCCAUUUGCUCCUUUGCUGUGGUGUGGUCUUAUAUUGUACUGAGCAACUUGGUAUGCCACUUUAUAUGAUGCUAACAGUGCUCGCUGGUUUACUGAUGUAACACUCAGAGGGAUGAUUAUUGGCAAUAUUCGGCACAUUUUCACUGAAAAAAAAAUCAAGCGGCUUAUCAAUGUGAUUGGGGUCUAAUGUCUUUAAGUGAUGUGUUAAUUGAUUUGGCUUCAUGCUGUCCGCUGCUAACAUUUUUAGACACAGUAAACAUACUGGUCUUUCCCCUUAUCCUGCCUUAUUAAAAGUGGAGCCAAAAGCU